AUGAGAAGAUUUGUUUUUUCUGUUGCAUGAAGGGGGCCGAAGCUGGAAUGGGAUAAGCACUGACGUACAAAUCCAUGAACCGCCACAUACUGAUUUAAAAAUCGUCAAAACGCAGCGUUUUGCGGUCCCGCGACGAGAAAGUUGGCGCCACCUUUUCUCAGGUUAGCUUCUAAGCACCGCUAAGUCACGUGCUCUCCCCUUUGUCUGAAGAGGAAAGGGAAGAGGCAGAGGAAGAGGGAUAGGGAGAUUUCAGGAAAAUGGUGGCGAAGUUUCUGACGUUGGAAUGUAUUCGGGGUGAGAGCUUCGGACAUCUGUCGCCGAGGCCGCACUAUCCGUCGAUGCCUAAGUAUCCGAAGGGGGUGUCGGAGACGGAGAAGGAUGUGAGAGGAUCGGAGGCGAAGGCUGUGUAUUCGGUGAUCGGAAUGACGUGUGCGGCGUGCGCCGGAUCGGUGGAGAAGGCCGUCAAGCGGCUGCCGGGAAUUAGGGAGGCUGUGGUGGAUGUUUUGAAUAAUAGGGUUCAGGUCAUGUUCUAUACUUCUUUUGUUAAUGAGGAAACAAUUCGUGAAACCAUUGAAGAUGUGGGAUUUCAGGCCACAUUGAUGCCAGAUGAGGCAAAUGAAAAAUCCACUCAAGUGUGCCAAAUUCACAUAAAUGGAAUGACCUGCACUUCUUGCUCUACAACUGUUGAAUCUGCUCUGCAAGCAUUGCAGGGCGUGCAAAAGGCCCAAGUUGCAUUAGCAACUGAGGAAGCCCAAGUUCAUUAUGAUCCUAAGAUCAUAAACUACAAUCAGCUACUGGAAGCUAUAGAAGAUACUGGGUUCGAGGCCAUCCUUAUUAGUACUGGGGAGGACAUGAGCAAGAUUCAGCUCAAAGUUGAUGGAGUUUGCACUGACCAUUCAAUGAGAUUGAUUGAGAAUUCUCUUCGGGCACUCCCUGGGGUUCAAGACAUAGACAUUGAUCCUACACUCAAUAAAUUUUCCCUUUCCUAUAAAUCAAAUGUGACAGGACCCAGAAACUUUAUCAAUGUGAUUGAGUCAACUGGAUCUAGGUGCUACAAGGCAACUAUAUUUCCUGAAGGAGGAAGGGCCAUUCACAAAAAGGAGGAGGUUAAGCAAUAUUACAGAUCUUUUCUAUGGAGUUUGGUUUUUACAAUUCCAGUAUUCUUAACCUCCAUGGUUUUCAUGUAUAUCCCUGGUCUCAAGCACGGAUUAGAUACCAAAGUGAUCAAUAUGCUGAGUGUUGGAGAAACUUUAAGGUGGGUGUUAUCCACCCCAGUUCAGUUCAUUAUUGGGCGGAGAUUCUACACUGGCUCCUACAAAGCAUUGCGUCAUGGUUCUGCUAAUAUGGAUGUUUUGAUUGCCUUGGGAACAAAUGCUGCCUAUUUCUAUUCAGUCUAUUCCGUGUUGAGAGCUGCUACUUCUGAAGAUUUCAAAUCAACAGAUUUCUUUGAGACUAGCUCCAUGCUCAUUUCAUUUAUUCUACUUGGAAAAUAUUUGGAGGUUUUAGCCAAGGGAAAGACAUCAGAUGCCAUUGCUAAGCUUAUGGACCUGGCACCUGAGACUGCAAUUCUGUUAACACUGGACAAAGAAGGAAAUAUAAUAAGUGAACAGGAAAUUGAUGGUCGGUUGAUACAAAAGGAUGAUGUGAUUAAAAUUCUUCCUGGUGCAAAAGUAGCUUCAGAUGGUUUUGUUAUUAGGGGGCAAAGCCAUGUCAAUGAGAGCAUGAUCACAGGAGAAGCCAGGCCUGUGGCAAAGAGGAAGGGUGACACAGUGAUUGGAGGGACUGUGAAUGAGAAUGGGGUAUUACAUAUUAAGGCAACACGGGUUGGAUCAGAAAGUGCUCUUUCACAGAUUGUUCAGCUUGUUGAGUCAGCCCAGAUGGCUAAAGCCCCUGUGCAGAAAUUAGCAGACCACAUCUCUAAAUACUUUGUUCCUCUGGUUAUUAUCCUCUCAUUUUCCACUUGGCUUGCCUGGUUUUUAGCUGGAAAGUUCAAUGGAUAUCCGAAAUCUUGGAUACCGACUUCAAUGGAUGGUUUUCAGCUUGCACUCCAAUUUGGAAUCUCUGUCAUGGUCAUAGCCUGCCCAUGUGCUCUAGGCCUUGCAACUCCUACUGCCGUCAUGGUUGGUACUGGUGUUGGGGCCUCUCAGGGUGUCCUCAUCAAAGGCGGUCAAGCAUUAGAAAGUGCACAUAAGGUGGAUUGCAUCGUGUUUGACAAGACAGGUACCCUCACUGUUGGGAAGCCAGUAGUUGUUAGCACAAGGCUCUUGAAAAACAUGGUACUUCAAGAAUUCUAUGAACUUAUUGCUGCUGCUGAGGUGAACAGUGAGCACCCAUUAGCCAAGGCCAUUGUUGAGUAUGCCAAGAAAUUCAGAGAAGACGGAGAGAGCCCCACCUGGCCUGAAGCAAGAGAUUUUGUCUCCAUUACUGGCCAUGGAGUGAAAGCCAUUGUUCGCAACAAAGAGAUCAUAGUGGGAAACAAGAGCUUGAUGUUAGAUCAAAACAUUGCCAUUCCAGCUGAUGCUGAAGAUAUGCUGGCAGAAACUGAAGCGAUGGCUCAAACUGGGAUUCUAAUAUCCAUUGAUGGGGAGCUGACUGGAGUUCUAGCCAUAUCUGAUCCACUGAAGCCUGGUGCUCGUGAUGUCAUAUCUAUUCUUAAGUCUAUGAAAGUGAAGAGUAUCAUGGUGACAGGUGACAAUUGGGGAACUGCAAACUCGAUAGCCAAGGAGGUUGGAAUUGAAACUGUCAUUGCUGGAGCCAAACCUGAGCAGAAAGCAGAGGAAGUGAAGAAUUUACAGGCUUCGGGCCAUACCGUGGCAAUGGUUGGAGAUGGCAUCAACGAUUCUCCAGCCCUUGUAGCUGCAAAUGUUGGAAUGGCAAUUGGUGCAGGCACAGACAUUGCAAUCGAAGCAGCUGAUAUCGUUCUCAUGAAAAGUAACUUGGAAGAUGUGAUCACAGCCAUUGACCUUUCCAGGAAAACAUUUUCCCGUAUCCGCCUGAAUUACAUUUGGGCAUUGGGUUAUAAUCUCCUAGGCAUACCAAUUGCAGCUGGGGCUCUUUUCCCAUCUACCGGUUUUCGUUUACCUCCAUGGAUCGCUGGAGCUGCCAUGGCAGCCUCUUCAGUCAGCGUUGUUUGCUGCUCGCUUUUAUUGAAGUACUACAAAAGACCUGAGAAGCUGAAUGCUCUCGAGAUGCAGGGAGUAAUGGUCGAAAAUCGAUUCUAAUGGGGUUGAUUUUGGUGUUUGUUUUUUUUAGUUUAUUCCCAAUAUAAUUUUAAUGUUUAAUAAUGUUAAAUAUUAAAUUAUAUAUUCUUUUUAAUA